AUGGACGCUGAAAAGAAACUGGGGGGCUUCCAGACUCUGCUGGUUACUCGUUUGGCUUUUCCAGACGAGGGGCGAUCUGAAGGAACUGCUGCGAACCCAUCGUUUGUAUAUGAGGUUCGCUUGAACAGGCCGAAACAACGGAAUGCCUUUAAUCGCGAAUUUUGGGAAGAAUUUCGUGAGUGUUUCGAUAUCCUGGACAUUCUCCCGUCAUGUCGCUGUAUAGUAGUUACUGCAGAAGGACCCGUGUUCACUGCCGGUAUCGAUCUUGCCUUGGCUGCUGAACAGCUCACGGGGAAACCUCUCCUUCCUCGCCGGCAGCGCGCGCGUGAACGUGCCGAAACAAGCAAAUCGAAUUGGGAUGCAGAGGAGAAUAUGGAAGACUCAACAGAGAAGCCGGACCGCGCACGAAUAGCCGCCUCUCUUCGUCGAACCAUAACGAAAUUCCAGGAUUGUUUCACGUCGUUGGAAAAGUGCAGCAAACCUAUAAUUGUUUGUAUAGGGGGCCCUUGUGUCGGGGCAGGCGUUGACCUUAUCUGUUCUUGUGACAUACGCGUCGCGAGCAAAAAUGCCUGGUUUUCGGUGAAAGAGGUGGACAUCGGCCUCGCUGCGGAUGUCGGAACCCUGCAGCGGCUGCCUCGGAUUGUUGGAAAUGAUUCCUGGGUCAGGGAAAUUUGUUACACUGGUAGACGGUUUGAUGCCGAAGAGGCCAAGAGGCAGGGGCUGCUCAGCAAACUUGUGGAGAGCGAGGACGAAAUGAGAAAAAAAGCUGUUGCCCUGGCUCAUGAUAUCGCAGCGAAAAGCCCUGUGGCUGUCUCUGGAAUCAAGUUCGCGUUGAACUAUACCACGAGACGCACCGUCGAAGACGAAUUACGCGUCCAGGCUAUAUGGAACGCCGCGAUGCUGCAGACGAAUGACAUUCCUGUUUCCAUGUCGCUUCAGAGCAUGCAGCGAGGAUCGAGAAGUGGAUCACCAGACACAGGGCACGCUUUUGCAUGCUUGUGA